ACACACACACACACACACUUACACACAGUCUGUCUUUACAGUCCCCAGCCAGAGAGAUCAUCACACACAUACACACACACACAAUCACAGACACAGCAGCUCCCCCAGUCCGUCAGUAGACGCUCCUUUUCUUCUCUCCCACCUAUCAGACCACCUGGAUUGUACAAGGGGCCAGCUGAGGACGCGACAGAGGAGGAAAAAAAAGGGUAGCAGAGCAAAUAUUCGCACUAAGGAUAACGAUUCAUCCGAGGCAGCGGGCUGAAGGCACAGCCAGUGGCACUGCAGAGGCACAGCAGCACUGAGGGCUAAAGAUUCUCUGCAAGAGCAGGUAGUGGAACAUGCGAUCCCGCAGCAACAGUCUGGAGGACGUAACCAAGGCCAAGCUGUCACAGCAGCAUAUAGAUGCACGCAAGAGUUCUGCAGAACGAGAGGACCCUGCAGGAAGGACUGAACGUCGCAGCAGACACAGAGAACCCCCUGACGACACUGGCACCAUCCAACGUAAUCACAAGACAACAAAGAACAGCACCUGUGCAAGUGGGACUGGAAAUGGGAGCGGGAGCAGCAGCACCAGUAGUGCAGCAAAGGGUGGUCGUAGGGAGAAGGGCAGGGACCUUUCUCGAGACGACAUGGUAUUUCUCCUGAGCCUGCUAGAAGGAGAGCUGCAGGCCAGAGAUGAGGUGAUCACAGUGCUGAAGGCAGAGAAAAUCGACUUGGCUUUGUUGGAGGCCAAAUAUGGAUUUGUCACACCACAGAAAGUCCUUCAGGCCUUGCAGAGAGACUCAAUACAGGGCAAGUCUGAGGACCUGGAGGAGGACAUCUAUGAGAGACCCAUGGAAGAGCUGGACAAGUUGGUGGAGAAGCAGAGAGAGACGCACCGGCGGAUGCUGGAGCAGCUGUUGAUGGUGGAGCAGUCGCACAAGCAGGCCCUGUACAAGUUAGAGGAUGAGAAAAGGAACCACGGAGAGUUCAUGAAGAAAAGUGAUGAGUUUACCAACUUGCUGGAGAAGGAGCGCGAGAGGUUGAAGCUGUUAAUUGAUCAGGAAAAGGCCUACCAAGAAAGAAAGGAAGAAGAUAAUAAUAAAAAGGUCACAAGUCUGAAGGAGGAGCUGACAAAACUCAAGUCAUUUGCGUUGGUGGUUGUGGAUGAACAACAGCGUCUCACUGAACAGCUGAAUCAACAAACAGCCAAGGUCCAGGAACUGAGUGACAGCGCCUCACAAGCCCAAGAGGAGCUGAGCUCAGCUAAUGCUCGACUACAGGAGGAGGAGCAAAAGGUCUUUCGCUUGGAGGCUGAGCUGAGUGACCAAAAGGGUCGAUACCAUCAGGAACAAGAGGCCAUGACUGCCAAAUUGACCACUGAGGAUGCCCAAAACAGGCAGCUGCGCCUCAAAAUGUCAACUCUCAGCAGGCAGCUUGAUGAGCUGGAGGAGACCAACAAGACACUGCGCAGAGCUGAGGAGGAACUGCUGGAGCUGAGGGAUAAAAUAAGUCGUGGUGAGUGCGGAAACUCUAGCCUCAUGUCUGAGCUUGAAGAGUUACGGAAAAGGGUCCUUGAAAUGGAAGGGAAGGAUGAAGAGUUGAUCAGGAUGGAGGAUCACUGCAGGGACCUCAACAAGAAACUGGAGAAAGAGGCAAAUCAAAGCCGGAGCCUGAAAGCUGAGGUCGAUAAACUGAACAACAGAAUUAUGGACUUAGAGAAACUGGAGGAUGCUUUCAGCAAGAGCAAACAAGAAUGCAGCUCACUCAAAAGCAACAUGGAGAAAGAGAAGACAGUGUCAAAGGUUCUGACCAGUGAGCUUGAAGUGUUGAAAAUCAGGGUCAAAGAGCUUGAGACUGCUGAGAGCCAAUUGGGAAAGACAGAGCUGAGUCUGAAGGAAGAUCUCACCAAGUUAAAGACUCUCACAGUCAUGCUUGUGGAUGAGAGGAAGGCAAUGGCGGAGAAGUUGAAGCAAAUGGAGAACAAAGUCCAAAACAGCACGGGCAAACUUCAGGCUGAACAGGAUAAAGUUACAUCAGUCACAGAGAAGCUGAUUGAGGAAAGCAAGAAAGCCCUGAGGUCAAAGGCUGAACUGGAGGAGAAAAUGUGCAGCGCUACAAAGGAAAGGGAUGACUUGAAAGCAAAGCUGAGAGCUGAGGAGGAAAAGAGCAAUGAUUUGGAGUCGAAGAUCAAUAUGAUGAAGAAAAGGUUGCAAUCGCUAGAGACCAUUGAAAGAGAGCACCUGAGAAACAAAGCAAAAGAGGAGCACAUCAAAACACCCAUUGCUAACCGCUUCCAACAAGAAGACAACAAAGUCAAAGACUUGACACAGGAGGUUGAACGCCUCAGACGCAAAUUAAAAGACAUGAAGGUGGUGGAAGGUGACCUCUUAAAAACAGAGGAGUUUGAGUCACUGGAGAAACGAUUCAACAACGAACAAGAGAAAGCUAAAGCCUUGAUGGAAGAGCUGGAAAUAUCCAGGAAUGAACUUUCAAAGUACCAAUUGGCAGAAAAGAAAGAGUGCAACCAAGAGCACGUUCUCUAUAAGCGCUUGAAGGAUGAGGAGGCAAAGUCAAGUCACUUGACGAGAGAGGUAACAGCUUUGAAAGAGAAGAUCCAUGACUUUAUGGGAACAGAGGACUCAAUUUGCCGCAUGAAAACUGACCACUCUACACUGCAAAGAAAACUGACCCAGCAGGAGGUCAGAAACAAAGAACUGGCCAGAGAGAUGGAGACACUCACAAGAGAGCUUGAGAGAUACAGACGAUUUAGCAAAAGCCUUCGUCCUGGCAUGAAUGGAAGGCGUUUUUCAGACCUCCAUGUUUCCACAAAGGAAGUUCAGACUGAGCCACUUGACCUCAUGUCCCCGAACUGCAAGACAAUCGCACCGCUGGAACGGGCUGUGGUAAACGGGAAGCUGUACGAUGAGAGUGAAACUGAAGAUAAUGCAAACUACAGCAAUGAGCUUCAACUCAGCAAAUGUAGCCCCUCACUCAUCAAUAAUGUAAAUAACCUCAACAACAACAUGAGAAGAGCCAGAGUCCCGUUCCUUAAAAACAAAGACACACCACAUCAGGUGAACGGCAAAGUGCAACCGCGGCAGAACGGCAACCACGUCCAGUCUGGAGAUGUUGUGUUGACCCACAGUCCUGGGCAACCUCUGCACAUUAAAGUUACUCCUGACCACGGCCAUAACACAGCAACAUUAGAGAUCACCAGCCCGACCACAGAAAACACCCAGUCAUUCACCAGCACUGCCGUCAUACCCACAAGUGGAGGUCCACCCAAACAGAGAAUUACCAUCAUUCAAAAUGCUUCCAUGUCCCCAACUGCAAAAUCCAUUUCCCCAACAAUCAAAUCCAAAGGUUCGCCAAUAUCCGACGGUCUUUGUUCACCUGAUAGAUCCCUGUCACCUUUCACCAUGGCCACAUACUCCAGAGCAAUGACUCCGGAUUCUUGUGGCUCUGUUACGCCAGACAGAGCCAUGUCACCUAUUCAAAUUGUGUCGGUCACAACAGGCACCCCUGACCGCUCCCUAUCCACAGAGCCGGUGGAGGUUGUUGGAGGACAUGCCGUCUUCCGUGUGUCGCCAGAAAGGCAAACCAGCUGGCAGGUGCAGAGGUCAAACAGCUCUGGGCCAAAUGUCAUCACAACAGAGGACAACAAAAUCCACAUUCACUUAGGGAGCCCCUUUAUACAGAGCAUCAGCACUCCGACACAAACACUGAGUCCAUGCCAUACCCCUGGACUCCAGGAGCAGAGGACUCAGGUGCUUGCAAAUUGCAGUACUCCUACUCUCAAAGGCAACAGCAAAAUCACAAGUAGCAUCAUGAUUAAGCCCACCUCUACCCCAAUCCAAAGGCCAUCACAAAUUACAAUACCUCCAGAAGCAUUACGCCGACCAGGACCCACAAGAAUCCCCAAACCGAAGGGCUACAGCUCCCAGAAAGGGACAAACAGCACGGCAGCAAACGUGGGACUGCAGAACAAGAGUCAGACUAAUCAAACCACAGGCCAGCCUACAGCGCAAAACAACAACAACCCACAUCUGAUGAACCGCAGACUGUGAUCAUAU